GGAGAUCGAGGCAAGCGUCGCAAAAGCGCGACGACAGAAGGGACGGGCAGUGCUGGAAAAGUAAAUUCAGGACGAUUUCAGAUAUUCUUGUUGUAUGGCCCCUUUAUCGUUCGUGAUGAAUUCUAUUCAGGGGCACCUUUCCCAAGAAGGAAAGCUACAGGAACGCAAAAGUGCGGACAAAGAGGAGGCUCAAACCAACGAUAAAGCGACUGUCAAAGGAUGUAAAAGCAAGGCUUUGAGUCUUCCAUUCAGUGUGGAAUCUUUAAUAUCAGACAGAACGAGCACAAGGACUUUAUACGCCUCAUCUGAAUCGGGUAUUAUAUCUCCGACAUCCGGUGCAGAUGAGCGGCUGAGGCUCUCGCCCAUGGCUCUUUACGCAGAUAGAAAGAUCCCAAUGGAGAGCGUCUCAAACCUAUCCGACUGCAAGAGAGGAGAUAUGGAGGAACUUGGCGACAAGGGACAGAGCGGCUGGUUUCAGACACCCUCGUACACCUCUCCGCCAAGGCAUUCAAGUCCACCCCCGUGCACCUUGAGAAAGCAUAAGAACAACCGAAAACCUCGGACCCCGUUCACCACCUCGCAGCUACUUGCUUUGGAGAGAAAAUUUCGUCAAAAACAGUAUCUCUCCAUUGCGGAGAGAGCGGAAUUUUCCAAUUCACUCAAUCUUACUGAGACUCAAGUUAAAAUUUGGUUUCAAAACAGACGGGCGAAGGCAAAAAGACUCCAAGAGGCCGAGUUAGAGAAACUGAAACUUGCAACCAAGCCAUUAUUACCUGCGUUCGCCUUUCCGUUCCCACUAGGAACACAUGUUGGUUCUCCAUCCCUCUACGGACCGUCCAGUUCCUUCCCUAGACCUGCGUUACCAGUCCCAGGACUUUUCGGUGGGCCAGUGACCUACGGAAUGUAUUACUUGUCUUAACCGACUGAAGCACGUCAUUUAUAUAAUUCACCGUCUAUAACUGCUGCGUUUUUGCCAGUCAAAAGACGAGUGAAAUAGCAAAUUUGUUCUCUUUAAAGAACUUCAGCAGUUAUCCCAGUUUAAAAGAAAUUAUUUUUGUCAUCUACAAAGUUUACUCCAAAAGUGAGUAUCCCAAAAUUAGCUUAGAGGGAUAAAAAAAAAAGAGACAGCCUUUAAGUGUGCAAUGUAUUUUUCCCUGAAUACAAACUUAUCUGGUAUAAUAUAGAAUUAUGCAGACAUACAAUUAUGUAGCUAAAUGUCAUUUUUCCUAAGAGAAAUAACACUUCCAAGUGAUUUUUUUAAACCAUGACUGAGGGCACAUUUUCAGCCGAUUUGGGAAGUUUCUGCCAGCAUCACUUGUAGAUACGAGAUGUGCAAGAAAACACCCAAUGUAUGUGCAUGGUCAGAAUCACUAAAAUAAAAACUGAUUUCAGUUUGACUAGGUCCUAUGACAUUGCUACUUUCCAUUACUUGGCUAUAGGCUAACUAAUUCGGGCCUAAGUGGACAGUCAAUGUGAGCAAUUCUUUAAAUGAAUAUACGUCAUACCUUCACGUAAACCAAAUAUUUCUAAAACCAAAUUAUUACAAAGAUUGUACCCCUUUUUUUUUCUUUUUGUUUUUUAAUAAUUUGACAGAUUUCCCCAUUUUAGUUUUAAAUACGUUGCUCGUUAUUUCAUUGGACUUUACUAUGAAGAGGAAAUAGAGGAUAAAAAAAACAGCAUCGCCCGUUAUCCCAUAACUUUACUGAAAAGUAAAAGUAAAAAAAACGUAAUAGUUUUUUUGUUGUUGUUGUUGUUGUUUUUCUACGUGCUGUUGGAUUCAUUGAGGAUUUUGGCCUGUUUUUUCUUUUUUUCGUCUGUUUAGCCAUUAUCCCUUAGUAGGCUACACAUAUGCUAGUUUGCUAGGUUUUAAGAUUAAUCACUAGAUUUUUAUUACUGUAAAUACACGUAUAUACUACAGAUUUUGCAUUCCCCUUUUGAAAAAGUUACAAAUAGGAUUGCUGAUAUUUAUACACUGUUUGCAUUUAUCUUGUGUAAAUUAUUGUAUAUUUUAUAUGUAUAUACAAAUUAGAAAAAUAAUCUUUUGCAUUAAAAAAAAACCCACAAUAAAUCUCAC